AUGCAGGCGCCGCCGAGUGAGGCAGAAGCCGGAGGCCAAUCGCCGCCGAGCUGCGUGUCGACGGCGCGCGCUGAUUGGCCGGCGGGGCAGCCCGUCAGCCUAUUGGCUCCGCUGCUCCCGCCCCGCAGCGCCGGGCAGCCUUUCACCUUUGGCCCCGGCGGGCGCCAGCCACUCAGAUCGCUCCUUGUUGGUACAUGCAGCGGCGGUGGCCGCCGGCGGAGCAGUGUGAGCCCGACGAUGAGGCCGGGGACGGGAGCCGAGCGCGGAGGCCUCAUGGUGAGUGAGAUGGAGAGCCAUCCUUCCUCGCGGGGUACCGGGGACGGGGAGCGGAGACUGUCCGGUUCGAGCCUGUGCUCCAGCUCUUGGGUCUCUGCUGACGGCUUCCUGCGGAGACGGCCCUCGAUGGGGCACCCUGGCAUGCACUACGCCCCCAUGGGCAUGCACCCCAUGGGCCAGAGAGCCAACAUGCCGCCCGUACCCCACGGAAUGAUGCCGCAGAUGAUGCCCCCCAUGGGCGGGCCGCCGAUGGGACAAAUGCCUGGGAUGAUGUCUUCAGUGAUGCCUGGAAUGAUGAUGUCUCAUAUGUCUCAGGCUUCCAUGCAGCCUGCCUUACCGCCAGGGGUAAAUAAUAUGGACGUGGCAGCAGGUACAGCAUCUGGAGCAAAAUCAAUGUGGACUGAACAUAAGUCACCUGAUGGAAGGACUUAUUACUAUAAUACUGAAACAAAGCAGUCCACCUGGGAGAAACCAGAUGAUCUUAAAACACCUGCUGAGCAACUUUUGUCUAAAUGCCCUUGGAAGGAGUACAAAUCUGACUCUGGAAAGCCUUAUUAUUAUAAUUCUCAAACGAAAGAGUCCCGCUGGGCCAAACCUAAAGAACUCGAGGACCUUGAAGGAUACCAGAAUACCAUUGUUGCUGGAAGUCUUAUUACAAAAUCAAACCUGCAUGCAAUGAUCAAAGCUGAAGAAAGUAGUAAGCAGGAGGAGUGCGGCACCACACCGGCAGCCCCUGUGCCGACAGCAGAAAUCCCAGCCGCCAUGAGCACCAUGGCUGCUGCAGAAGCAGCUGCUGCUGUUGUUGCGGCGGCGGCAGCUGCUGCUGCCGCCGCUGCAGCCAAUGCCAGUGCUUCCACCUCUGCUUCGAACACUGUUGGUGGGACUGGUCCGGUUGUUCCAGAGCCUGAAGUUACUUCCAUCGUUGCUGCUGUUGUAGAUAAUGAGAGUACCGUAACAAUUUCAACUGAAGAACAGUCUCAGCUUACCAGUACUCCUGUCGCUCAGGAUCAAAAUACUGAUGCCUCCAGUAACACUGGAGAAGAAACAUCUAAGCAGGAAAUAGCAACUGAUUUUACUCCCAAAAAAGAGGAGGAAGAAAAUCAGCCAGCCAAAAAAACAUACACAUGGAAUACAAAAGAGGAAGCAAAGCAAGCAUUUAAAGAAUUACUGAAAGAAAAGAGGGUUCCAUCUAAUGCUUCAUGGGAACAAGCUAUGAAAAUGAUCAUUAACGAUCCACGGUACAGUGCGUUAGCAAAACUGAGUGAAAAAAAGCAGGCCUUCAAUGCUUAUAAAGUACAGACAGAGAAAGAAGAAAAAGAAGAAGCUAGAUCAAAAUACAAAGAGGCUAAGGAAUCCUUUCAGCGUUUUCUUGAAAAUCAUGAGAAAAUGACUUCCACAACCAGAUACAAAAAAGCAGAACAAAUGUUUGGAGAGAUGGAAGUCUGGAAUGCAAUAUCAGAACGCGAUCGUCUUGAAAUUUAUGAAGAUGUUUUAUUCUUUCUUUCAAAAAAAGAAAAGGAACAGGCAAAACAGCUGAGAAAGAGAAAUUGGGAAGCCUUAAAGAACAUUCUUGACAACAUGGCUAAUGUAACAUACUCGACUACUUGGUCUGAAGCUCAACAGUAUCUGAUGGAUAAUCCGACUUUUGCAGAAGAUGAGGAAUUACAGAACAUGGAUAAAGAAGAUGCGUUAAUUUGCUUUGAAGAGCAUAUUCGGGCUUUAGAAAAAGAAGAAGAAGAAGAAAAGCAGAAGAGCUUGCUUAGAGAAAGGAGACGGCAGCGUAAAAAUAGAGAAUCUUUUCAGAUAUUUCUAGAUGAAUUGCAUGAACAUGGACAACUACAUUCUAUGUCCUCGUGGAUGGAAUUGUACCCAACAAUUAGUUCUGACAUUAGAUUCACUAAUAUGCUCGGUCAGCCGGUUUUUUCAUUAGGAUCUACUGCACUUGAUCUUUUCAAGUUUUAUGUUGAGGAUCUUAAAGCACGCUAUCAUGAUGAGAAGAAGAUAAUAAAAGACAUUCUAAAGGAUAAAGGAUUUGUUGUUGAAGUUAAUACUACUUUUGAAGACUUUGUUGCAAUAAUCAGUUCAACUAAAAGAUCAACCACACUAGAUGCUGGAAAUAUUAAAUUGGCUUUCAAUAGUUUACUGGAAAAGGCAGAAGCCCGGGAACGCGAAAGAGAAAAAGAGGAGGCUCGGAAGAUGAAACGGAAAGAGUCUGCAUUCAAGAGCAUGUUGAAACAAGCCGCUCCCCCCAUCGAAUUGGAUGCUGUCUGGGAAGAUAUCCGAGAAAGAUUUGUGAAAGAGCCAGCAUUUGAGGACAUAACUCUAGAGUCUGAAAGAAAACGAAUAUUUAAAGACUUUAUGCAUGUGCUUGAGCAUGAAUGUCAGCAUCAUCACUCAAAGAACAAGAAACAUUCUAAAAAAUCCAAGAAACAUCACAGGAAACGUUCCCGUUCUCGAUCUGGUUCAGAUUCAGAUGACGACGACAGCCAUUCAAAGAAAAAAAGACAGCGGUCAGAGUCCCGUUCUGCUUCAGAGCAUUCCUCUAGUGCUGAGUCCGAGAGAAGUUACAAGAAAUCAAAAAAACAUAAGAAGAAAAGCAAGAAAAGGAGACAUAAAUCAGACUCUCCAGAGUCAGAUGCUGAGCGAGAAAAGGAUAAAAAAGAAAAAGACCGGGAAAAUGAAAAAGAUAGGACUAGACAAAGAUCAGAAUCAAAGCACAAAUCACCUAAGAAAAAGACUGGAAAAGAUUCCGGUAACUGGGACACAUCUGGCAGUGAGCUGAGUGAAGGAGAACUGGAGAAACGCAGAAGGACCCUUUUGGAGCAACUGGAUGAUGACCAAUAAAUCUUACCAAAUAUGUUUGCAGUAUGAUUUAAAGUCUGCUUCAGACCAGGGAAGGGACUCUUAUUCUAAUUGAAAUAACACUGGGUUUUAAUUAUAUCACAGGUUAAAAAAAAAAAAGUGCAUUUAAGUAUUGUUAUCGUGUACUUUAUAAAAGCAAAGGAAAUUGAAAAUAAUUUUUGAUUCUGUAUCAAGAAUCAUAUUUUCAUACAGUCAUAACUGUCUUAUGCGGCCCUUCCAUAGGGCCCUGCAGGAUGGAUCAGAGGUGGCAACAUGGACAGCUCUCUUUUGUUCUGGAGUCUAAGUCAUGAGGUGAUUUUAUCUACUUUAAAGACGUUAGAUUUUGGAGGUAAAACUUUUUUUUUUCCUUUUUUAUGCCGAGUAGUGCGUGCAGAGAAGCCAUGGCUAAGACUACUUUUUGUGCAGCACCCAACUGGCUAACGCUGAUGGAUCUCCAUGGUGAACUCAGAUGUUCUCAAGGGAAAGCCGUAGACUGGUAACUGCAGUGGUGCUAGUACCACUAGAAUAAAGCCACCACUAUUUUUUAUUAAACAUCUGAAUACAUUUUCAAAAGCUAUUGUGAGGGCAUUAUUUUGAGGUGAUGUUUUAAAAGUUAACAUCAAAUCGAACUGUAAAUUAGUUUAAAUAUAUUGCCUUAAGGACCUACUGAAGAAUGUGCCACCAAACUAAGUGAUAGAUGCAAUAUCCUGUCUAAAAACAAACAAAAAUCAAUGUUGACAUAAACAUUUGCAGUUGUCUUUUUUUUUUUUUUUUUUAAUUUGACAGCCCUCCCCUCCCCCCAGUGAGGAAGUCUUUGACCUUCCCUUUUUCAUUGAGAAGCAUUGACUUCGUGGUACACAUUCUAAAGUAUUUCUGAUUUGAAUAUUUUUGUACAUUUUUAUCAAUUAUUAAACCUUCUCUUCUAGCGUGUACUAGUAUUUAUUUCUACUCAGACUCAGCUCUUAAAUUGUAUGAUCAUUUAAAGAUAUUAAAUCCCUUAAAUUUUGCUUUAUCUUAAACACUGCUAGGUUACUUUUUUUUUUUAAUAAAUAAGAAUAUUUCAAAUCAGUGCAUCAGAAGCUGCUUUUGUUUCUGAUCUAUGGAUGUCCUCAGAGUACUUUAAAAGGCAAUGGUUUGAAGCUAGAAUACUCUUUGUAUGCUAACUUUUGAAAUUGGUAAUGUAAUUUUUACUCUUUUUUCCUUCAGUGCAGAUUUUUUUUUUUUUAAGUAAGUAAAUGUAGCACAUAGUCUGUUUGGAAAUACCUUAUGUUUUGUGCAGUUCCUUUUUCAGUUUUUGGACACUGAGCCUAUUUCAUGUAGGAACUUAGAAGAAAAAUAUUUUUUCCUUUCCAGUCUAAUGAAUUUGAAAGUGAGGCUGGCCUGGGACAUUUGUUUCACACUGUGCUUCAACUAAAGCUAGCACCCACUACUGAAAGUCUCAGAGGGUUUCCGCAAAAGGGAGGGUGGGAGAUUGGUGCAAAUUUUCUCUCUGCCAUGUUAGCUUUCUGCUGAAAUAUGGCAUGGUCUUGUAGAAAGUGGAUUAACUUUAGAAAAUGCUAAGUGAUCAGGUUGUUUGCUUGAGGUUAGUUCUCCUGUUGGUUACUAGAAACAUGAAAACUUUGACAAAAGGAAAUUGCCGAGAUAGACCUAACUUUCAUAAGCUCCACUGUAAUAAUAGUUAAUAUUACUAAUCAUGUCAAAGUCCUUGACAUGGAAGUCAUUGGUAAAGUCUUCAAAAUAUUCAUAUGCUGCUAUUGGUUAGCAGAAAUACUAGUGAUGUUCACAGGAGAAUUUAGAUUCUGUAAAAACGUUUUGAUUACUUCCAUGAAUGAUGAUUUUUUUAAAGUAUAACUUUAAAUUUUUCAUUUUUUCUAUUUAAAUAAAAAGCUAUUGAUGUGUUUAGCAUUUC